AUGGAGGCCCAGAGAGAGGACGGCUCGAUGGAGGCCCAGAGAGAGGACAGCUCAAUGGAGGCCCAGAGAGAGGACAGCUCAAUGGAGGCCCAGAGAGAGAACAGCUCAAUGGAGGCCCAAAGAGAGGACAGCUCGAUAGAGGCCCAGAGAGAGGACAGCUCGAUAGAGGCCCAGAGAGAGGACCGCUCGAUGGAGGCCCAGAGAGAGGGCAGCUUCAUGGAGGCCCAGAGAGAGGACCGCUUGAUGGAGGCCCAGUGGGAGGACAGAGCGAUGGAAGUACAAAGAGAGCCCUGUGUACUGGAGGCCUAG